AUGUCUGUGACUUCCGUUGUUUUUCUUUCUAAUGUGAAAUGUCUCAACCUCAACUUCCUUCCAUUUUGCCACCUCACCUUCUUCCAGUGGGGAGCGAAGACGCUGUGCUUUGAGUUUGACACCGAGCCGUACGCCCUGUCUCGGGAUGGCAACAUCAAGGUGGGUUGCAUGGCAUGGGAUGCCACCUCUCACCCUCUUACAGUGGGGAGAAAAGACGCUGUGGGAGUGAAGGCGCUGUGCUUUGAGUUUGACACCGAGCCGUAUGCGCUGGCUUGGGAUGGCAAGAUCAAGGCGAGCAUGCAGGAAGCGGGGGUGCGAGUGGUAACCCCAGUCAGCCACACCAUCUUCGACCCUGCUGAAAUCAUAAAGAAGAACGGAGGCAAAGCCCCCCUCACCUACCAGGCUUUCUGCAAACGAAUAGGACAACCCUCACCGCCCGUGGGAUCCGCUCCAGACAAACUACCGCCCCUGCCACCCCACCUCGCUCAUUGCGUGACUAUAAAAGCAGAAAGAGACCCAGGUCCAGGAGGAGCAGCAGAGGAAGCUGGGAAGUGCGACUAUAUUGAGGUCUUUGAAGUAGUGCCUACACUGAGCGAGCUGGGUUACUCGGAUGCAGAAUCUUUCCCAAAAGAGGACGUCACUCCUUUCCGAGGGGGGGAGGCAGAGGCUCUGCGCAGGCUUGACGACUGCCUCGCACGAACGAAAUGGGUGAAAGAGUUUGAGAAACCCAAGGGCGAUCCCUCCGCCCUCGACCCUCCUGCCACCACGGUUCUCUCUCCCUACCUUAAGUUUGGCUGCCUCUCCUCGCGCCCCAUGUAUGCGCGCAUUCAGGAGGUGCUUUCCAAACAGCCUGGCCACACAAAGCCGCCGGUGUCCCUGAUAGGGCAGCUGUUGUGGCGGGAAUUCUUCUACACAGCAGCGUACGGCACGCCCAACUUUGAUCGCAUGCAGGGCAGCAGCAUCUGCAGGCAGAUUCCCUGGAAGGUGGAUUCGGAGCUGCUGGCUGCGUGGCGAGAUGCCCGGACUGGCUUCCCCUGGAUCGACGCCAUCAUGAUGCAGCUCCGCCAGUGGGGGUGGAUGCACCAUCUGGCACGCCACUGCGUCGCGUGCUUCCUCACUCGAGGCGAUCUGUCGCAAAGAUCUCAUCGCCUCACUGCACAGCUCGUGCACUGGGAACUGGGCCGGGACGUGUUUGACCGCCUAUUACUAGAUGCGGACUGGGCCAUCAACAACGGCAACUGGCUCUGUCUCUCAGCCUCUGCCUUCUUUUCCCAGUACCACCGCAUCUACUCCCCCACAACUGACCUGCAUUAUUUGGUGCAUUGGGAGCUGGGGCGAGAUGUAUACGACCGGCUGCUGCUGGAUGGGGAUUGGGCCAUCAACAACGGCAACUGGUUCUGGCUCUCCCCUCCCUCACCCUGCUCCACUCCUCCCAACCCCUCCAUACUUCCCACUCCCGCAUUCACACAGUUGGUGCAUUGGGAGUUGGGUCGGGAUGUGUUUGACUGGGUACCACUAGAUGCGGAUUUGGCCAUCAACAACGGCAACUGGCUCGGGCUCUCCGCCUCUGCCUUCUUCUCCCAGUACCCCCACCACUGCUCUGCAUCUACUCGCCCAUCACCCAUCUGGGCAGGACGUGUGACUGGCUGCUGUGCUGUGGUGACUCACAACACACCUCCAAACCCUGUUCCCCUCCCUCUCUCCUCCCCACCCCUCACAUGGCAGCUAGUGCACUGGGAGUUGGGGCGGGACGUGUUUGACAGGUUGCUCGUGGACUCUGAUUGGGCCAUCAACAACGGCAACUGGCUCUGGCUCUCAGCUUCUGCCUUCUUUUCCCAGUACCACCGCAUCUACUCCCCUAUCACCUUCGGCAAGAAAUACGACCCCUUGGGGAAGUUCAUCCGCCACUUCCUGCCCGUUCUGAAAGGUAUGUUCUGA